AUGGCCGAAGUUGUGCGUAACGCCACACAAAUCCCCACCUCGCACGCAGAUGGCUCACCAGUCGGGGAAACCAUUCUGAAACCGCAUGCACCUUGCCCCACCAGCAAGAAGAAUUCAGACAUGACUGACACAUCAUCUGCUCUUCUACAGGAACAACCUCAACCGAUUCCUCAUCGAAAGCCUCGCAAAUCCGUCGCAUUCAGCGGCGAUAGCACCAUCAUGGAUGAGAACGGCGAGAUCUCAGAAGCGCCUCUGUCCAGCUCAGAGGACAAGGUCACAGCGGAGAAACAUUCAUCACCGCCCGAUGACCAAGCCGUUGAUGAAAUGACGGAUAUGUUCGCCGGCCUAAACAAGAAAAAGAAGAAACCGACCAAAUCAAAAACUGAAGACAAGGAGGAUGGCGAAGCUGCUGCUCCUGCUGUUGGUGCCGACGCCGACUUCGACGCCUCCGCUUUGAAGAAGAAGAAAAAGAAGACGACCAAGCCCAAGGCCGAGGGAGAGGACUUCGCUGAGAAACUCGCCCGGGCCGGUCUUGCGGAAGCGACCACUGAGGAGGGAGAGGAAGGCGCACCACAAGAACAAACAGGGGAUAUGACUCAGGGAACAGGAAUUUGGGCUCAUGAUGCCACUAAUCCGAUCUCCUACGAUCUUCUCCUCAAACGAUUCUUCCAUCUUGUCAACGAACACAAUCCCGACAUUCUGUCCUCGGGAAGCAAAUCAUACAAGAUUCCACCCCCUCAAUGUCUAAGGGAAGGCAACAAGAAGACGAUCUUUGCCAACAUCGCCGAGAUCUGCAAAAGGAUGAACCGAAACGACGAGCACGUCACCCAGUUCCUGUUCGCCGAACUCGGCACAAGCGGUUCGGUCGACGGGUCCAAGAGACUGGUCAUCAAGGGCAGAUUCCAGCAGAAACAGAUCGAGAACGUCUUGCGACGAUACAUUGUCGAAUACGUGACGUGCAAGACCUGCCGAUCCCCUAACACUGAGUUGAGCAAGGGUGAGAAUCGGCUGUACUUCGUUACCUGCAAGUCUUGCGGCAGCAGACGGUCCGUGACGGCAAUCAAGAGCGGUUUCACGGCCCAAGUGGGUAAGAGAAAGAGGCUCAACGGAUAA